AUGGCUAAACCUGACAGUGACGCGGAUCUCUUUCAAGGACUCGCCUCCAAAGCGAGCAUGCCGGAGAUUACGAUCGACAUGCCCAAGGAAACGCAGGACAGCAACGGGGUCGCAUUCUACAACCCAGAGGAUGAGGACUUGUCAGAAGCAGACCCUAUCCAAGCUGCCGCCACCUCCCCGCCAAGGCCGUUGACACUCAACAUGGCCAAGAAUGACACUGUCGAGCAGUUGAGGAAAUGUACGCUGCGCCAAGUCGACAGCGAGAUUUUUGACGACGACGGCAGCUUUUCAAGAUACGCUCAAAGCCCCUCUGGCUCCAACCACGCCGUUUCGCAGCCCUUCGAAAUGUCUGGCGUGCCGAUCGAAAGCCUGGAAAGCCGAAAUAACAUCGUCAAGGAGCUGUCGAAUCGUGCUCGCCUCGAAUCAUCGAUGAAUGAGGGCACCCUAAGCCCACGAUCGACCAAUGGAAUUCUUCUGGAGGAUGAGACACCACGCGCCAAGUCCCCGCAACUGAUCGAGAUGCACACGUUCCGCGAUGCCAUUGAUGUCAACUAUCAGAGGAUGGCCAUUACGGGCGAGGAGUUGAGCGGGGUACCUCUGGAAGACCACAACGUCGCCUCCAAGGAGUUGAUCAAGGCCCUAGAAAUCCGCGAGGAAUAUAUGCGGCGCAUUGGCAACUUCUUCCCCACCACCGUAUCCAAUUUCCUGAAGGGCGACUACCCGCAGAAUUUGCCCAAGUGCCGGAAGAAGAACACCGAAUCCACCGCCAACACCUCCUUCCACCCGCCGGAGCCCCCGACCGACCACUGGGGUCUCUACAACCCGCUUCCGGAAUUUGAGGAAAAAUACGAGCUGAGGAGAAAGGAUGGAGUCACACACUUCUACCACGCGGAUGGAACGCGCGAGACCAAGUUCGACGACUGCUACAUCUCGCAAGAGAAAUUCCUGCUUGACACCGAGAUCUUGACAGCUAUGAUUGUCAAUGGGCCAAUGAAAUCCUUCUGCUACCGUCGCCUCUCCUACCUCCAGAACAAGUUCUCACUUCACGUGCUGAUGAACGAGUUGCGCGAGCUGCACGAACAGAAAUGCGUUUCCCACCGCGAUUUCUACAAUAUCAGAAAAGUGGACACUCACAUCCACGCCGCGUCCUCGAUGAACCAAAAGCACCUCCUCCGGUUCAUCAAGAAGAAGAUCAAGACGGACGGGAAGACGAUUGUGUUGAUGGAGGGCGGCAAGCCGAUCACGAUGCGCGAAGUUUUCGAGGGUAUGGGUAUCGAUGCGUACGAUCUCUCAGUCGACAUGCUCGACGUGCACGCCGACCGCAACACGUUCCACAGAUUCGACAAGUUCAACGCAAAAUACAACCCGGUUGGAGAAUCGCGGCUCCGCGAGAUCUUUAUCAAGACGGACAACCACGUCGGCGGCAAGUAUUUUGCCGAGCUGAUCAAGGAGGUGCUCUUCGACCUUGAGGAGUCAAAGUAUCAGCAGGCCGAGCCGCGUCUCUCGAUUUACGGUAGAUGCCGGGACGAGUGGGACAAGCUGGCGAGCUGGGCUAUCAGUCACGACGUCUGGAGCACGAAUGCUCGCUGGUUGAUCCAGAUUCCGAGACUUUACGACAUCUACCGCACGCGCUCCAUGAAGAACUUUGGUGAGCUGCUCGACAACAUCUUCUUGCCGCUGUUCGAGGUCACCAACGAUCCAGCUUCCCACCCGGAACUUCACCGAUUCCUGCAACAGGUCUCCGGCAUCGACUCGGUGGACGAUGAGAGCAAGCAUGAAUUUGUACACUUCGACAUCCGCACCCCGGUCCCAGAAAAAUACACCGACAAAGAGAACCCGCCGUACAACUACUACCUCUACUAUAUGUACGCCAAUCUGUCGUUGCUGAACGCGUUCCGCAGAUCUCGUGGUAUGAACACGUUCGCGUUGCGCCCUCACUGCGGAGAAGCCGGCCAUGUGAACCAUUUGGUGACUGGAUUCUUGACUGCUGAAAGUAUUGCUCACGGGUUGAUGUUGAAGAAGGUCCCCGUGCUCCAAUACCUCUACUACCUCGUCCAAAUGGGAAUCGCCAUGUCCCCGCUGAGCAACAACUCCCUCUUCGUCAGCUACCAGCGAAAUCCGAUGCACGAGUUCAUGCAGAAGGGCUUGAACGUCUCGCUCUCUACGGACGAUCCCCUCCAAUUUCACUACACCAAAGAAGCGCUGAUGGAAGAGUACUCAAUCGCCGCCCAGGUCUGGAAGCUGUCCUCCUGCGACAUGUGCGAGCUGGCCAGGAACUCGGUGCUGCAGAGCGGGUUUGAGGAUAAGGUGAAAAUCCACUGGCUGGGGCCCAACUUCAAGGAGGAGGGCGUUCUCGGCAACGACAUCCACCGCACCAACGUCCCGGACAUUCGCGUCUCCUACCGCCACGAGGCGCUCGUCGACGAGUUGACCAACAUUUUCCGCAGUCGCAUGUUUUUC